AUGCGAGUGGCCGUUCUAUUUGCUGCAUUAGCAGCGAUCCAGCUGGUGGUUUGUCAUUCUGAACUCAGUGGAGCCGGAGACCAUAACCUGUCAAGGGCAACGAAGAUCGCUCCUCUAGGAGAAGCGAAUCCCGAUGACAAGGAUCUCUCGAAGCGGGAAAGACGAUUCGGAGAUUGGAUACUAAAGCGCGAUACUACGACAAUUGCGGAUGCAGUUGCAUCAACUACCGCUACUGAGUCUGUGGCAACGACCAGCAGUUCCGAUGUGACAACAACCUCAGAAUCCACGACUACUUCGAGCACCUCAACGACCUCUUCAUCAUUCACAACAUCCACUGCAGCAGCUACGACAACCUCAACUACAACAUCCAGUACAUCCAGUACCACCACAUCAUCCUCAUCCGCAUCCACAGCUGCCUCAACAACCACAGCAACGAUGACAACGACUACCUCAACGACCACACCAACUACCACCGAAUCCGCCGAAUUAAAAGAAUGGAACCACCGGGGGACCAUCGCCGCUAUCGUCACCUUCAGCAUCCUCGGUUCCUUCUUCCUAGGGGCCUGCAUCUUCCGAUGCAUCCACAAUCGGGUGAAGCAAAGGCGCAUCGACGCGAGAAACCAGAACGAUAGAGAAUCUUCGCUCUCCAUGUUGGCCCUGACUCCCGAGAAGGGGAAAUCGGCGAGCCAAUUGAAGUUGGAUCGCGAGUCAAUCAUGUUCUGCGACGAAAUGAGGUCGCAACUGGAGAGCGUGCCGUCGAUGUCGGGGCAGUCGUAUUGGCAGGGGUCUGUGGCACAUUCGUCCAUGCCGUCGGAGGAUAUGGGUCGGUCGACGAGUAGUGGGAGGCAUACGCCGUUGGGUGUGAGGAAGCAUCAUGGGCCAGCGGAGGUGUAA